GGAUGAUCCCCCCAGUGUUGAAGAUCCCCUCUUUAAUCCACCACCCCACCAAGCACAAGCUACUUCCUUGCGAAAGCCUCGUGAGAGAGAAGGACGGAGACAUGGCGGGCUGUGUGAACUAUAUUUCUCCGCACGCGACUCUCUGCUCGCCACGUGCCUCUCUAUCCCUCUCCUUUUCCGGAGAUGCCGCGCAUUCUCUUUACCGGGAACCAACCAAACUCCUCCGUCCAAUCAUCUCCCCCAGAUUUCAGGUUGUAGCGGCUGAAAAAGCUGAGCCGCCGCCGCCGCCUCUGAAAAUAAUGAUAUCAGGAGCUCCUGCUUCGGGUAAAGGUACACAAUGCCAGCUCAUCACUCAGAAAUAUAAUUUGGUGCAUAUCUCUGCUGGAGAUUUGCUGAGAGCUGAAAUCGUUUCCGGGAGUGAGAACGGAAGACGGGCAAAAGAAUGUAUGGAGAGAGGACAGUUGGUCCCUGAUGAAAUAGUUGUGAUGAUGGUCAAAGAUCGUUUAUCACAGACGGAUUCUGAGCAAAACGGAUGGCUUUUAGAUGGGUAUCCUAGAAGCUCAUCUCAGGCUACAGCUCUUAUGGGAUUUGGAUUCCACCCUGAUCUAUUUAUUGUCCUUGAAGUUCCUGAAGAUAUUCUAGUUGAAAGAGUUGUUGGACGUAGACUGGAUCCUGUCACGGGAAAGAUCUACCACUUGAAGUAUUCUCCUCCAGAGACAGAAGAGAUCGCUGCUAGACUCACCCAACGUUUUGAUGAUACGGAAGAGAAGGUAAAACUGCGGCUGAAGACUCAUAACCAAAAUGUGAGCGAUGUGCUUUCUAUGUACGACGAUAUUACUAUCAAGAUAAAAGGAAACUGUCCGAAGGAGGAAGUGUUUACCCAGAUCGAUACGGCUCUAUCUGAAAUGCUUCAACAGAGGAAUACAGCUCCGAGUUCACAUUUAAGUUGAAUCAUUCUUGGUACGGACCUGAGGAAGUGUUUUGACCAGAUCGAUGCUGCUCUGUCCGAAAUGCUUCAACAAAGGGAACACUGCUUCAUGUUAAGCUGAAUCAUUUUUGGCGCGGGCCUAACCAGCGGUAAAUAUAUUUCCUCUCGCAUUUAUCACUCACUUGUUUCCAGUAAGAUGAUAUAUGUCUGUAUACCUGAAUCCUCAGAAAUAUUUUACCUUCUGCUUUAUAUUCUCUGUAGAUUUACUGAAAAAUUGUGUUUCUCUUGUUGCAAUCAUGAAGAUUGACACAUUUUUUGUACUUAUAACGAUCUCUGCUGCUUCAGCUACAAUUAACUCAUGUC